CUGUUCUACCCUGUUAUGCUCGUUCAACGUCAUGUGUGUAAAUUUAUGGGAUGUCUUCCUCGUACCGACUUCCCGUCGAGCGGAAGAUGCCUAGAUCAUAUAUUUCUGUGCUGUUUCCCUCCCCCCGGUGAGCACGAAAUUAAGGCCAGGGCUUGCAACCACACACUUAGUAGGCAGGUUCAGAUAACACAUCGCAGCAAGCCAUGGCGGAUGGAGCAUCAGAGAGCGAUGUGAAGCACCCCAGGAAGCUCCCGGAUUCGACCCAUCACGUCAUCGUCAAGUUAGAGGCCAUUCACGUUGACGCUCCAGACAUCGACGUGUUUCCCCUCACAUACGAGAUCAUUGAAUACGACUACACGUCCUCUGAGAACGCAGACCUGGUGGCUGCUCGAGUACGGGAUGCGAGCAUCCUGAUCACCACCACCACACCCAUCAACGCGGCCACCUUGGGCAAGGCGCCUCAUCUCUUAUGUGUCAUCACCGAAUCGGUAGGGACGGACCAUAUUGAUCUGGACGAAUGUCGAAGCCGCAAUAUCACCGUCAUGUACUCCCCCAAUGCGACCGUGGAAGCUGUCUCGGAGCAUGCCCUUGCCAUGUAUUUUGCAACAAGACGAAAGUUGACAGUCCUACACGAUGCCAUGCUGCAGUAUGACGACACGCGACCCAACCUCUGGAAGGAAAAGGGCAGCAUGUCAUCCGUGCUACGUGACUCCGAGGGCCGUCCUCCCAGGACAUGCCAGAACGAGACGGUCGGUAUCAUGGGCUAUGGCCCCAUUGGCCAGCGCAUAGCCACCCUCUGCCGCUCCCUGGGCAUGCAAGUCCUCGUAGCGGCCCGCAAGCCCUACGACUACCUCCCGGACGACGUCCCCGUGGGCCGCACCCCAUCCCACACGGUGAUCCGGCGCGCGACGGUCCUCUUCGUUGUCGUCCCGCUGAACGCCGAGACGCGCCACAUCAUCGGCGUCCCGGAGCUCGACGCCGCGGGACCGGACUGCACCAUCGUCAACGUCGGGCGCGGCGGGACGGUCGACGAGCGCGCCCUGCUGGCGGCAGUGCGGGAGCGGCGCAUCUACGGCGCCGCGACGGACGUGUUCGAGACGGAACCGGCCGGCAGUGAUGCCGACUCUGUCCUCCUGAGCCGCGAGAUUAAGAAGGAAGGACUCAACCUGGUGCUCACGCCGCAUCUGGCUUGGUGCGCGGACGCCACGCGGAUGAAUAUUCGGCGGGUGGUGGGUCAGAAUAUCAGGACCUUUGUGGAGGGAGGGUCAACCAACGUCGUUCUAGAUGCGAGGGUGUAGAGGGAGAGCGGGCACACUACACGUAGCCUGGCGUUACGAAACUAGGGUGAUUAUCCAGCUGUGGAUCCAUUUGUUCAGAGUGAAGCCGUAGUUGGAAUCGUCCGAAGCCCUUUUCGCAUAAAGGAAAUUGCCAGAAAACCAGAGACAUUGCAAGA